AUGAAGAAGACACGGAGUACAACCUUACGGCGAGCCUGGCCUAGUUCAGAUUUCUCCGACCGGGCCUCAGACCGCAUGAGGUCCCGCAGUGAAAAGGACUACCGACUGCACAAACACUUCCCACCAGCUUUUAUUGCCCAGGCAUCACGGGGCUAUAUGACAUCAGGUGAUGUAUCACCAAUCAAUAUGUCUCCCAUCAGUCAGUCACAGUUUAUCCCACUUGGGGAAAUCCUUUGCUUGGCCAUCUCAGCAAUGAACUCUGCACGAAAACAAGUCACACAAGAAGCACUAAUGGAACACCUAACAACCUGCUUCCCAGGCGUUCCAACUCCCAGUCCUGAAAUUCUUCGGCAUACCUUGAACAUGCUUGUACGAGAGAGGAAAAUAUAUCCAACUCCAGAUGGCUAUUUCAUCGUGACCCCACAGACUUAUUUUAUAACCCCAUCCCUCAUAAGAACUAACAGUAAAUGGUACCAUUUGGAUGAGAGGAUACCUGACAGGUCUCAGUGUACCUCUCCACAACAAGGAACUAUAACUCCCUCCACCUCAGGCUGUGUCAGGGACCGAACUUUACCCAAAAACCACUGCGACUCUUGCCAUUGUUGCAGAGAAGACAUGCACAGCAUGCAUGCGUCCACCCUACAGAGGAAAUCAGCAAAAGACUGUAAAGACUCCUAUUGCCCUCCUUCUCUGUGUCAGGUACCACCCACUGAAAAAAGUAAAAGUACUGUAAAUUUUUCUUAUAAAGCAGAGACACUCUCAAAGCCUAAAGAUGUAGAAAAGCAGUCUAAAAAAUUUGGACUAAAAUUGUUUCGGCUAAGCUUUAAAAAGGACAAGGCAAAACAGCUGGCCAAUUUCUCUGCCCAGUUUCCUCCUGAGGAAUGGCCCUUGAGGGAUGAAGACACCCCUACCACUAUACCUAGGGAGGUAGAAAUGGAGAUUAUUAGGCGCAUUAACCCAGACUUGACUGUGGAAAAUGUAAUGAGGCAUACUGCACUAAUGAAGAAACUUGAAGAAGAAAAAGCUCAAAGAAGCAAAGCUGGAUCUUCAGCUCACCAUAGUGGGCGAAGCAAAAAGAGUAGGAAUCACAGAAAGUCUCAUGGAAAAUCUCGGUCACACAGCAAGACCCGGGUAUCCAAAGGAGACCCUUCAGAUGGUUCCCAUUUGGAUAUACCAGGUGAAAGAGAGUAUGAGUUCUAUGAUCCCCUUACUAGGUCCCCACGGGAAGGCUGUUUCAUAAUAGAACACAAAGGAGAUAAUUUUAUCAUGCACAGCAAUCCUAGCGUGAUUGAGUCUCACUUUCCCAUGACACCAGAAUGGGAUGUAUCUGGUGAACUGGCCAAAAGAAGAACUGAGAUGCCUUUUCCUGAACCUUCAAGGGGAAGCUCCCACUCCAAGGUCCAUCGAAGCCACAGCCAUACACAAGAUAGAAGGUCAAGGAACGAGAGGUCUAACAAAGCCAAGGAAAGGUCUAGAUCGAUGGACAACUCUAAAGGACCUCUGGGUUCUGCUACUUUAGGUACACCUGAAGACGUAGCUGAAGGAUGUAGCCCAGAUGACCAAACAACAAGCCAAGCGUAUAUUGAUGACAGUACCUUAAGGCCUUCACAGUCACUCAGCCAUCAAAGGGCUCUGAUUUCAUCUGCAAAUUAUAAAGAUGCGUGUGUACCCGAAAUAGUUAGUGGCAAUGUAGAAACCCCCAAUUCCUGCGGCUUAUUGGAGCAAAUCAAGCCUACAGAGAAUUUACCAUCUUAUAGUGAGCUCAACUCCUGCACAACAAAAUCAGCAAUUGAUGAUUAUUUUCAAUGCAACACUUCAAGUGAGACUGUACUUACUGUUCCAUCACCACUGGGGAAAAAUAAAGAGGACCAUGACUCAGUGACUUUAACAGAUGGAAUAAAAAAACUUUCUCCCUCAGAAAGACAGUCCCAACACAUAGCCAGAGAACCUGGGGUACACAAAGAGGAAUCCCCUAAAGGGCCAUGUGGUGGUCCAGUUGCUGGCCAGACCCCUGAGGUGAUCGCAAAUGGGCGACUAGUUCAGCACCAUAACACUGAAUCAAGCAGCCUGGACAAAAGGAAAGAAAUAUUUAGCAAAGAUACACUUUUUAAACCUCUGCACAAUACACUCUCUGUGAAUAGCUAUCACAAGUCCAGUGCGCCCCUACUAAAACCCCAUCAAAAGACACCCUCUGACACACUGCCAGUCAGAUGUGAGAAACUUGAACAAGCUAUAGUAACCUCAGUUACACAAGUUUUACCUGCUUCACAGAGACAGCAAGAGCCAGUUGGGAACCAGGAAGCCACCUUUGAUUAUUACAAUGUUUCUGAUGACGAUGACUCAGAGGAAGGAACAAACAAAAAUGCUGAGGAAGAAAAAAACAGGGAUGAUGUGGGCACUAUGCAGUGGCUCCUUGAGCGGGAAAAAGAAAGGGAUCUGCAAAGAAAGUUUGAGAAGAAUCUCACUCUUCUCACCCCCAAGGAAACUGAAAACAGCAGCAACCAGAGAGCAACCCAUUCAGCUCGACUGGACAGCAUGGACAGCAGCAGCAUUACUGUAGACAGCGGGUUCAAUUCUCCACGUACUCGCGAGAGCCUGGCUUCCAACACUUCAAGUAUUGUUGAAAGUAACAGACGUCAGAACCCAGCCCUGAGUCCUGCACAUGGUGGCGCGGGUCCAAUGUUCAACUUUCGAGCAACUGCAGACCCUCCAACAAGUGAAGCUGAAAAACUGCAGAAACCUGCUAACUGCCUACAAGCUUCUGUUACUAGUGUUUGA